UCAGUCGGUCCUUCCUACCAGAAACGGCACUACACUGGGCCGUGACAUUCGCGAAGACAAUACUAAGCAUUAAGUCAGAAAGGAAUCAAAUUGGUUCAGUGUACUAUUAAUAUGCAGCUCCCCUGCUGCACACAUUCUCUCUUUAGAUUCAUUCCUUCUUAUAAAUCGUUACAAUUUUCUACUCAUCAUUUCAAUUUCAACACCCCCUCUUUCUCCUAUAAACCCCCCAAAUUCCCAUCUCUCAUUGCUCCCGCCACCAUGUCCACUGCUGUUUCCACUGACAAUAUCACUCCUUUGCAGGUUGCAAAGCGGUUAGAGAAGUUCAAAACAACAAUUUUCACCCAAAUGAGUAUGCUUGCCAUCAAACAUGGAGCUAUUAAUCUUGGUCAGGGUUUUCCAAAUUUUGAUGGUCCAGACUUUGUAAAGGAAGCAGCCAUUCAAGCAAUCAGGGAUGGGAAUAACCAGUAUGCUAGGGGUUAUGGAGUUCCAGACCUCAACAUUGCCAUUUCUGAGAGGUAUAAGAAAGAUACUGGGCUAGCUGUAGACCCUGAAAAGGAAAUUACUGUUACGUCUGGGUGCACGGAAGCAAUUGCUGCAACUGUGUUAGGAUUGAUAAAUCCCGGUGAUGAGGUUAUCGUGUUUGCCCCUUUUUAUGAUUCUUAUGAAGCCACUUUAUCCAUGGCUGGUGCAAAAGUAAAAGGCAUCACUCUGCGCCCUCCAGAUUUUGCUCUACCCAUUGAAGAGUUAAAGUCCACAAUCUCAAAGAAUACUCGUGCUAUUCUUUUAAAUACCCCUCACAAUCCUACUGGAAAGAUGUUCACUCCAGAGGAGCUUAAUACCAUCGCUUCUCUUUGCAUUGAGAAUGAUGUUUUGGUUUUCUCUGAUGAAGUUUAUGAUAAGUUGGCAUUUGAUAUGGAACACAUUUCGAUUGCUUCUUUGCCUGGAAUGUUUGAGCGGACGGUGACAAUGAACUCGUUGGGGAAGACAUUCUCCUUGACUGGAUGGAAAAUCGGCUGGGCCAUAGCACCUCCACACUUAACAUGGGGUGUGCGACAGGCACAUGCUUUCCUUACUUUCGCAACCUCAAAUCCUAUGCAGUGGGCUGCUGCAGUAGCUCUAAGAGCACCAGAUUCUUAUUACACCGAACUGAAGAGGGAUUAUAUGGCAAAGAGAUCUAUUUUGGUUGAAGGAUUGAAGGCCGUUGGCUUCAAGGUAUUCCCAUCUAGUGGAACCUACUUUGUGGUUGUAGAUCACACCCCUUUUGGACAUGAAAAUGAUAUUGCAUUUUGCGAAUAUCUAGUUAAGGAGGUGGGAGUGGUGGCAAUUCCUACCAGUGUGUUUUACUUGAAUCCAGAAGAGGGAAAGAAUCUAGUCCGAUUUACUUUCUGCAAGGAUGAAGGAACUCUUAGGGCUGCUGUUGACAGGAUGAAGGAGAAGCUUAGAAAAUGAUCUCUAUUCAUGAUAAUGUCAUGUGUUAUAUGUUGAUUGAAGAUAUUUAUUUUUCCAGAAAUUGAAAUGUAGGUAGGAUUGUAAUAACUUCUUGUUGCUUAGCUCAACAGUCUCGGUCAUUAGCAACAACUUAUCUGCCUAGAUUGUGAUUUUUCCCCCUGAAUCUCAAUUAUGAUGGAUGGCUAUGUGCUUUUCAAUGAAUAAUGUUUGAAGGGGUAUAUUAUUUAUAUUUCGUUGAAUUUCGUUUAAGGCUUGUAUUUUCAUGAUAUAAAGAUUUAUAUUGAAUCUUUACUCCCAAA